AUGGUCGCUCUCUCCACUUGCCUGACCUCCUUGCUCGCUCUCAGUCUCGCCUCCCUCUGCGUACUCACCGGCACAGCCUCAGCCCAAGGCCCUCGCGCGGCCCCCUUGACCACAGCCCCGAGCCCAAGCUCGUACAUCCCCAACGCAGUCGCCCGGGUCGAUCAGGGGAUACAAGACCAGGAGCGAGGGCUAUGGUAUUCGCCCACUCUCGGUACGUCAGCUCAGGACGACACUGCGCAGGUAGUCCCUGCAGGGUCGACCGGCCCGGCCGAUACUGAUCACACGGCCAUUAUGCGAUGGGUCGAUCUCGAUGAGGACGGGGCGGCAGACUUUUUGCAGGCUUUCUUUGGGGGAAUGGUGCAAGCAAAGCAGGAGAUUGCAAAGGAGCCGCACAGGGCGCACAAGGCCUACAUUGCGGGGAUCUUGGAUGCUUACGACAAGCAGACGGAGGAGCAGAAGGAGCAGUUCGAGCAGGAGAUGGACGCGUACGAGCAGGAAUUGGAGGAGGCGGAGCGCAAGGCGCGUCAUCAGGCUGCAAGUGGACCGUCGCAGGACAACACGGGCAUCGUCAAGGACGACGACUUUCGUCUGAGGGAGAAGGCUCACUUUGACAUGAUGUACAGCACCAUACACGCGAACGAGCGUCUGAAGCAAGAGUGGGCCGCAGAGGAGGCGCUGGAGCCAUCGUCGGGCAAGGCGAUGAGUGUCGAAAAGGAGUCACCUGGACUCGUCACGGAUCCGGCGAUACGCGACGGAUCUACAAGGAACGAGGAGCGGUCGGGCCAAUCGCUCUACGGGUCGCUUAAAGCCUCCUUGAGACCGUGGCUCGGGAGCGGCAAUGCUUCCUCCUGCAAAGGGCAAGGCGAGUGCGAAGGUGCCUGA